UCAGUCUAACCUUAUCGUAUAGAUAAAUAUUUUUCUGUUAGCUGUGUUGUACUAGAAUAUAUACAUGUAUAUAGAUACUAUAUUAUUAUAAUAUGCCUUUUAAAGAUAUUGUAUGCGUAACGAAAAUAAUAUAACUACGAAAAUGGAGAUUACUUUCUCGUAGAUCGGUUUAAUGUUGCGUCAAGUUCAUGCCUUGUCGUUUGUCAUUUAAAAAAUAAUUAUAUGCUGUUUUAUGUACAUAUUUAUUUAUUUCUUACGAGUGAAAGAAAUGAAAAUACACGUUCUUUGUUAUUAGACAAUUAUCUUUUUCUAGUAGUGCAUUCACAUAUCUGCUUGAUGAUGAACAAAAUUUAUUUAAUUGUGAAGAUGGUAAGACGAAAACUUCAAAACGAUUCGUUAUAAAAGAACUUUGCAGAAUGGUUUUUUAUUUUACGAGAUAAGCAUAAAGUCGGUGCCAAAACGCAGGUAGUUAAAUUUGCAUAAUGUUAUUUAGAAUCCAUCUUAUGUAAAAUAUGGUCAUGAAAGGAAUGAGAAACAAGCACGUAUUGACCUAUUACGUUAUAUUCCGCCGCAUUACCAUCUAUUUUAUCGAAAUUUUUCUACAAUAAAUCCAGAAGUACGAGCAUCAGCCUCAAAAGUAAAUCAAACCUUGAUGCAGGGAAUAACAGUGACAGUGAUAAUCCGGACAAAUAUAUAGGUUGACUUAUUCAGAUUUUUUCUAUCGAUACUUGACAUGCGACGUAAUUUUUUGAUGCUAUCUGAUUUCUUUUAAAGAAAUUAAAGAAAGAAUUUUCUUCUGUUUUUGUCGCAAUUAAUUUCAUUAGUACUUUAUUGCUACUUGCGAUCUAAAUCGUUCCAGCUUUGUUGAUGUUUGCACGUGUGUGUGUGUGUGUGUAUGUAUGCCGACGAAGAACUAAGUGGUUCGAAGGACCAGUCUCGUUCGAAGGAAAAAACACUGUAUGUAAUUGACUAUUUAAUAGAAAUAUUUACAAAAUACUAAGAACUGUCCAGUAAUCGUGCCUCACGUUGCAUAUAAUUAUUCUGUAUAAAUUAUCUUGCGCGAAUGUUCUCUCAGUUCGAUGUACGGAUGAUUCCAACGUAAACAAUUUCAACCGUUCUGACUGCCUUGAAUGUUUUACAGAUUCUAAUGACGAAAAGGAAGAGAAAAUGGCCUUGACUCCUUCCUUCCAUAGCCAAUUUCAGGAGGAUGGGUGUCGGGUGCAAGCGAUAUUGUAUUUGAUAGAUGGCGUUUUGACAGUUUAGGGGAAUUUACAUGGUUCCGUUUGCUCAUGGUCACUGAGUAUCGUUACAGUAACUUAUACGUUUAUCACAAAAACACAGCAGAUACUCGGAGAUCCAAUAUCCAAAGGUUGCGAGUUUAGUACACUAAAAAAGAAAUAUUUAUAGUAACCUUGUCGAUUUCUAGCUGCAAAUCAUACUUGUCGUAAUAAUCAUUAUGUUAUCUUACCGUUUCCGAUAGAAUAAACAGUAAGUAAUAAUAAUAAAUAAUAACAAAAAAAAAGCAAAAUCAUUUACUGUAUCUUUACUAGUACCAGUACUGUCAUUCUUGCGUAAUUAAUUGAAGGACUUUGCUUAUCCCGAUUUUAAUACCAAUGACCUUUAAUAAUUCGCUUCUGAAUCUUCGUAUACAAAAUUUAAUGUCAUUUAAUAGUACUUUCAUAUAAGUAGAAAAAAUUGCUACUAUGCAAAUGAAAUGUAUAACACGAUAAAAACAUUUAAUUAUCUGGAAGAAAAAGGAGAUAAUAUUUUGUACGACGCAUAUGUAAUAUAUUGCUUAACUCCGUAUUUUUUAUUGCCUUUUACAGAGUAAAAAGUCAUAGACAUUCUUAAUAGCUUCACGAUAACAUAUUUAAUGAUAUAUGUAGCUAUCAAUCGAUAUUUAAUCCUUUUAAAAUUGAAUUUUUCCUAGUCCCUGGAAAAAAUUUUUUGCCGGUUGGGAGCUCAUAGUAAAACCUUGUCAAAUUUUUCGAUUUUUAUGGAUAAUAAUAUAUUCUACUAUUGGGCUAGCAAUUACCAUCUAAUGACAAAAUCCGCAAUCACUUAGUUGCCAACCCAAUAGUUACGUAGUAAGUCACAUCAUAGUAAAAAUAUCAUGGUAAUAAUAAACUUGCUGUUGUAUGAAGAUUCAUCAUUCUUGCUAUGAAUCUUCAACUAUUAAUAUAUUAAUAAUAUACGAAGAAGACAAAAUUUUAUUAUUAAUUUAAAUUUCAGUUUUAUCGAAAACAAAUACAUUUAUCUCGUGUAAUCUAAUACAUAUAAUCUAAUAUGUUUAAUUAGUUGACGGUUUGUUGGAAUACAAUUAAACAACGUAUAACAAUUCAGAAUUUACUUUCACCUUUAAAAACAUCAUUUUACUUUAUAUAUAUUUCAUGAACAACGUGCAAGAUAUGAAAAACAAAGGAAUGCCACGACAGAGGAUAAUAAAGAGAAAGCUUCGAGGAACGAUAACAAAGAAUAUUCCUCAUAACUAAUAUGAAAUGUUACUUUGUUAGAUUAUCUUGUCAUACACGAGACAUCGAUGAAUACUUAAAACAUCGUCAAUUAGACAUCAACGAAGCUAUAAGCUUUGAAACUCGUUCAUAAUUAUGUGUUUUGUGUCAACCAUGAGUUGUAAUUCUGUUUACACACUUUUUUAUCGCCGUUUUUAUCUGUCGUCAAACCGCACCCUUAAUUUACGUUUGUAUACAAUAGAGCACUCAAAUUGCACGUAUCAUCGUGUUCAGAAGCUUGUGUAUAUAUUUACGUCACCCUCUACGUCGAAUCGUACUCCCAGCAACCCGAGAGGAGGUUACACUCAGGCUACGUUGACACAGAGAACUUGGCGAAAAAGAAAGACGACGCUGGACUACACGGGAAACACACGAUUUGGAGAUUAAACAAAGUGUUUCCUUGCCUCGUGAAAGGAUUUGUGCUUCCUCGGGAAACGCCAUGAUUAACUCUUAAUGCUCCGACUUUUAAUUGUGAAUAUCAACCGGCAACUCCAACUUAUUCUCAUCAUACGUCGACUUGCAAGUUUUUAAGUGUCGAAUUUUAAAGAGUAGAGCGCCGCACAUCGGUGAUGCUAGAGAGGCACAUUUGUAGAGUUAAAGGUUAAGUUGCGCGCGAAAUUAAUUAAAUGGCGGGAAUGCUUCCGUAUGAAUAAUUGUACGAGUUCAUUAUGAAGGUGUAUUCGUUGAUUUACACAUUUGUAGCGUCUAUUUUUAUAGUGAUGGCUGAUAAAAGAAAUAUCUUCUUAUCGAAGGGAAAAUCGUGGAUUACGGAUGAGUAUUUUACGAAACUUAUCAAGUUGUCGUUUACUUCUUCUGGAUGCUGCAACGUUUUCUUAAGUGAUACGACCGAAGAUUCAGAAACAUUGUUCAGUCAAUUCAGAAGCAUCUAUCCAUCCAGUUACCUAUUGAAAUCGAACACGCACGACUGCCACGAAUUCUUUUUGUUGGGAUCAAGUGAAGAAGGAAUCAUGGAGUCUAUAAAAAAAAUACCGUUGCUACAGUGGAAUACAGAGAUUCUGAUUAUAGUGAAUAACGAUAUUUCCAAUGAUUCUCGUCUAUUGAAUAAUUCUGUGUACGGAAUUGCAAAUAUAAAUAUUGUCUCUAUGUCGGGAAUGUGGAUACUAUCAAAAGACUACAUAAAACCGCGAGUCUUUACUAAAGUUGAUAGAUACAAGGAAAUCCAAGUAAACGAUAAGGUAAACUUACAUGGUAGAGAAUUACAAGUCUGCAGCGAUUAUAUUCCUCCUAUGACGUAUUUAAACCAUACGAUUCAGAAAACGAUUAAUGGUGUACAAGCAGAAGUAUACACAAUGGAUAGUGAUUUGGAUUGGGACGGUAUCGAAAUGCGGUUGUUUCUAAUAAUGGCGGAAAAAUUGAAUUUCACGUGGACUUUGAGAAAACCAGAGGGAAACUACACAUAUGGAUAUAGAAUCAACGACACAUAUUGGAUGGGCGGUGUAAUACAAAUGAUAUAUGAUCAGAAGGUAGAUUUAGCGUUCGCCGGUAUUUGGCUAAUAUUGGAUCAAGAAACAUUCGUGCAGUUAUCCGAACCUUGGUACCAACUACAUAUACAUUUUUUGGUACCUCGCCCUCGUCGAAUCACAGGCUUUUUGGCGCUCAAAAGACCAUUCUCAGAAGAAGUUUGGUUCUUACUCUUAUCUGCAUUGCUCCUACACAGCUUCUAUACAUAUGUUCGGGCUUGGAUUGAUCCCAAAUUUCCCAAACGAUAUCGUAAUUUUCUAAUUAUCCUAACCGAUCUGGUCGGCUGUUUACUAAGCAUGUCGGUACCAAAGAGUGUCGGAACCACGACGCACAAACUACAGAUUCUUUUCUGGCAGACUGCGGGCUGGUUAAUAAUUGUAGCUUAUUGCAGUAGCCUUGCAGCUAGACUUUCAAGUUCAGAGUACGAGGACAGGAUCGAUACCAUCGAACAAUUUGUUCAAGCAAAUUUGCAAUGGGGACAAACAGGUCAACCACCUCCGUUCGCCGAUUUCUUCGACCUCACGAAUCCACAUGCAGCGCAACUGCCGAAUAGAUAUCGUCAAGUACAAAAUAGUACACAGUUAAAGCAAUUCAUUAAGCAAGGUAAUUACGCUAUACCGGGAAAAAUAAUGGACACUUAUCUUUUUCCAACCGACUAUAUAUCAAACGAAGACUUAAAGAAUUACAGGUUGAUGAAAGAACCUGUGGGACACUUUUAUGCUGCUUUUGCCGUUCAACCAUGGCUUCUGAAACCGAUAAACAGGAUCAUUCUCCGGAUAAAGGAAACCGGCAUCAUUAUAUGGCAUUUGCGCGAUGUUAUUCGCAGACGGGAUAAUUAUAAUCUACGCGAGGUUCUCGUGGAGCACGAUAAGUACGAUGGACACGUCCAAGUUCUCGGAUUGAUGCCGCUCAGCGCUGGAUUUUCCUUGUUACUCGUUGGCAUGUCGAUCGCAACGUUUGUAUUUUACUUGGAGUUGAAACGCACUGCUAAAACUGUCUCUGUUCGCGAUCGUCUUCGCGAUAUCGAUAAAAAACACGAUGCAUAAAAAUUCGAUUUCAUAGAUAACACAGUCGUAAACAUACAUACAAUAAUUUUAUAUCAUUGCUAGAUCAUUGUACAUAUAAAGCAAUCUCGUCGUCAAGUUGUUGACAAUUCUAAUGUUCACAAAAAUGUGAAAUAUCUCAUCAAAAGAUUAAUAAUCAUUAACAAUUUGAGGACGAGAUUUUGUUGCCAUUUCUCGACCAAAUAUGUAUUAUUGCAGCAAUUUGUACGUUUAAGAAUUUAGAAAGUAAAUUGUAAUCUAAACUGCGAAACAUUGCAUAUUAUUAACCGCUGAAUAUCAUUCAUGGAACACUGAGCAUUGUACAUAUAUGUAUAUGGUACGCAAACACAACCAGCGUAGAAAUAUAAUGUGAUCGUGCAGUAGCAUAGUCGUGAUUUGAAUACAUCUGCUUACCAAUGAUCCAUGAUUCCAAUAGAACAAAAUGAACCAUACACAAUUCAAUAAAAUAAUAUAAAACAAAAAAUGUUUUGCUUCCAUUAUUUUCUUCUAAAAUUUUAGAAAGAAACUUAGCUAAUAAAUAAAUUAAAUAAUAAAAAUAAAACAAAUAAUAAAAAAAGAAAGAAUAAGCUAAUAUUUGAAUACUUCUAUGAAUACAUGCAUAUAUCAUGGAAAAAAAACGUUUUGAAAUUACAUCAGCACGGUAGUAAAAGCGAAUCUGAGUAUGUAUAAAUAAAUUACAAGAUGUUGGUAUACAAGUUACAACAUUUAGUGAGAAUUCUUGUUAACAAUUUAUGAUGCCCAUCUUUGCAGUCCAAAAGUUAUCUUACAAAACGUGAGAUUUCAUGUAACAUUCGUAAUACUACAUUUUUUUUUUUUUCAGUGGAUCGUCAACACACGAGCAUCACCCAGCGAAAUUCCGUGACUUUUCUAGUAAGCAUAGCUAAGAGUCCUUCACAUCUCAAAUGCAUGAAAGUACAGUAAAUGAUGUAUGGUGAGCGAAUAUGCUGAUUGGUCAUUUUCUUGCGUUGAGUGAAAACCAAUCAGCGUCCGUAUUUCGGAAUCUCCGCUUUGGACCUAAACGUCGGAUCUGCAGUUUCGUUUGUGUCGUUCAAUAGCGAACAUCAAGUAAGAAGUUGUUAGAUACCUGAGAGAGAGAGAGAGAAACUCUCUUUAUUAGAAACAAUUGGUAUAAUCUUGUUCGUGAUUUCGAAUCUUCCCCACCAGACAUGCUCACUGGAAGUGGAACAUUCGAAAAGAUAGCAGCCUUACCUGAUUCAACAACGUCUUAAAACUUUCGUGAAGACAAAAUCAUUCCAUUAAC